AUGGAGACUACUUCUGUUAUUCAAAAACCCCAACAGAAAAAGCAGAAACUGAAUGAAGAAGAGGACAUUGAUGAGAACAGCAAGAGCUUAGGAAACUUACCUCAGGAGAUUCUUCGACACAUCCUUUCCUUUCUUCCAACAAAAGAUGCUGUUAGGAUAAGCCUAGUUUCUAAAAGGUGGGAAUACCUAUGGGCUUCAAUUCCCAAUCUAGAUUUUAACGUGUAUCGAAUCUCGCGUAAUAAGACGCGCAAGAGAACUCCGCUUUUUGAGAGAACGCUUUUUAUGAAUUUUGUGGACAGGGUGCUAUGUCUUCGUGAUUCCUCUGAUAUAAAACGAUUCACUCUCUGUUGUGAUGUGCUACAUGAUGCAUCUCGUGUUCAUACGUGGAUAUCUGCUGCAAUAAAGCAUAAUGUUCAAGAGUUGCAUAUUGAUCUGGAAAACUUCAAAGGAGAAUUUUCAUUGCCUUAUUGCUUGUUUACUAGUAGGACACUCACAAGCUUGCACCUUCGUAUGCGCUGUAUUCUCAAUCUUCCCACUACAAUUUGGUUCUCAAAUCUCAAGAUCUUGACUAUCCAAAAUGUUAGAUUUUCGGAUGAGUGCUUGACACAGCAGUUUUUCUCUGGUCUGCCGGUGGUUGAGAAGUUGCGGUUACAAUAUUGCAGGUGGGGGAGUCUCAAGGUUGUGCGUAUUUCUGCUCCCAACCUUAAUUUUCUGAGCAUUCAGGAAUAUGAGGGGGAAGGUUGUCAGGUUAUGAUUUUUGGAGUUUGUCUCAAAGAAUUUCAUUACAGUGGUCGUCUGUUCAACGAAUAUUGCUUAUAUGAGUCAAUCAAACUGGAAAAGGCAGAGAUUUCUAUUUGUUGUUUUAAUGCAUCAGAACAAAAAGUCCAUCGCAUGUAUAACCUUCUUACAGGGCUCUCCAAUGUUGAAUUCCUAAGACUUUCCUCUCUUGUGCUGAGGUUAAAGCUGAGGGUUUUGAUACGUGGAGCAGAACUCCUACCUCAUUUGCCAAUGUUCAAUAACUUGAAGAAUUUGUCGUUAGAUGGAUUUUCAGUAGAUCUUGACGAUGAAGCACUGCUGAAGAUAUUACAAAGAACUCCUUGUCUUGAGAAUUUGGAAUUUUUGUCGGUAACCUCUCUUGAUCUUGAUGCACAAUGUCUACUAUCUUAA